UGGCAGUCCAGCUACUGGGGGUCUUAAAAAGCCUGCGUGGGAAGCUUCGAGAAAAAUAUGGAGAUGUGUUCACGGUCUACCUGGGACCGAGGCCCGUGGUCAUGCUGUGUGGGACAGAGGCCAUAAGGGAGGCUCUGGUGGACCAAGCCGAGGCUUUUUCUGGCCGGGGGACAGUUGCUGUGGUUGAGCCAAUUGUACAGGGAUAUGGAGUGAUCUUUGCCAAUGGAGAACGCUGGAAGGCCCUUCGACGAUUCUCUCUGGCCACCAUGAGGGACUUCGGGAUGGGGAAGCGGAGUGUGGAGGAGAGGAUUCAGGAGGAGGCGCAGUGUCUGGUGGAGGAGCUGCGAAAAUCCCAGGGAGCCCCCCUGGAUCCCACCUUCCUCUUCCAGUGUAUCACUUCCAACAUCAUCUGCUCGAUUGUCUUUGGAGAACGCUUUGACUACAAAGACCAACAGUUCCUGAGGCUGUUGGACCUGUUCUAUCAGACCUUCGCCCUCAUCAGCUCCUUCUCCAGCCAGAUGUUUGAGCUGUUCUCUGACUUCCUGAAGUACUUUCCUGGUAGCCACAGGCAAAUUUUCAAGAACAUGCAAGAAGUCCUCACUUACAUUGGCCAUAGUGUGGACAAGCACCGGGCAACCUUGGACCCCAGCGUUCCAAGAGACUUCAUUGACACCUACCUUCUGCGCAUGGAGAAAGAGACAUCCAGCCGGCACACGGAGUUCCACCACCAGAACCUCAUCAUCUCUGUGCUGUCUCUCUUCUUUGCCGGCACAGAGACCAGCAGCACCACACUCCGCUACGGUUUCCUGAUCUUGCUCAAAUACCCUCAUGUUGCAGAGAAAGUCCAAAAGGAGAUUGAACAAGUGAUUGGCUCACACUGACCCCCAAACCUCGAUGACCGCACCAAAAUGCCAUACACUGAGGCAGUCAUCCAAGAGAUUCAGAGAUUUUCAGACCUUCUCCCGAUUGGUGUGCCACACAAAGUCACCAAGAACACUCUAUUCCGGGGGUACCUGCUCCCCAAGAACACUGAAGUGUACCCCCUCCUAAGCUCAGCUCUCCAUGACCCACAUUAUUUUGAAAAACCAGACACCUUCUAUCCUGACCACUUUCUGGAUGCCAAUGGGGCACUAAAGAAAAAUGAAGCUUUUAUGCCCUUCUCCAUAGGGAAGCGCAUUUGUCUUGGUGAAGGCAUUGCCCGCAAUGAACUGUUCCUCUUCUUCACCACCAUCCUCCAGAACUUCUCCGUGGCCAGCCCCGUGGCUCCGAAGGACAUUGACCUCACUCCCAAGGAGAGUGGAGUGGGCAGGAUACCCCCAACAUACCAGAUCAGCUUUCUGCCCCUCUGAAUGGGCAGAAGGAAGUGGGUCUGUGGAAUCCAGAAGUGUUUCAGUUCUGUGAAGAAUGGCCCCAUCUUCCUGCCUCUGAGAGACCUGCUGAAACCCAGGCCCUAGGCGGCUGCUCACGUCUCCCCAUCACACUGCUGCUCCUCCAAGCUCUAGGGUGUGCUCCUCUCCCAUACUGAUAGAACCAGAGAAAACAACCAUGU